AUGACAAGCAACGGUGAAGUCUGGGUGCAAUGGUUCACGUGUUGCUUAACUCAACAAGGUCCAGGAGGGAGUAACAAACGCCAGAGGCCCCAGCACAGAUUGAGGAUAGACCGAAGUAUGAUUGGAGCACCCACAAAUUUUCGACACACGAGUCACAUUGGCAGUGGUGAUCUCGACAUGUCAAGAGCCCAUUUAAAUGCCAUUCAAACACAGAUGCAGGGAAAGGGCGGCUACGAGGCGUCCUUUGGUGUUAAGAGGUCCUACAGUUCAAAAAAUGACACACAUCGAGGAAACACUUCGUCAUGAAUGACUUUUGAGGCUUGCUGAGACACAGUUGCCCCGAGGGUACUCGAGACGGACUUGUGAGGCCUUCGGACGAUGGCGGAUCUACUAUGCAACCCUCAUUUUGUAAAUAAUAACGUAACGAGAAAAUUUCAAAGGCUUCCCAUGCAUGCGAGAGAGAGACUGCUUUCAACAAUCAACAAUAAAAGAGAUCGUAUUGACGAUCGUUUUGACGCUGCCAAGAGGAACGAAAAACGUGGGUGAUCAUAAGCCUUUUUAUAACCUCAAUGAGCCGAGUUAUGAUAAUUAUCGAGGAUUAACGCACAAUUGUAUUAAUCGGCUCUCUACGUAUCCCUCUAUUGUGAUAAAAUGCGUUUUUCACCUCUAAUCCGUGCUCAAGUGUUCUUAAAAAUUUUCACCGCUGCAUUUACCUUUAAACAAUUGUACAAUAAUUUUGACAAUUUUUUUAACUGUCAAUACUUGGUGAUUAAUUUUUUUGAAGAUAUUUGAGUCUCAGCUUGUAAGUAAACCAUUUAUUUAUUUAAGUCUGUCUCUCAUGUAUAUUAGUCAGAGUGUUAAGAAUUUAUCGAUUAAGCGUCUUAUUACUUAAGCAUGUGUAAAGUUAACAUACUUUGGAAUGAAGAAUUUAAAUAAGUCGAUUGAUUAUUCCAGUCUUUGGAGAUUUUUUUACACAUUGUACUACUCUCAAUGAUCAUGUCCUAAAUAAUUCAACACUGGGAAUCAGUCGUUUUUGAUUAUGAGAACAAUGACGAUUGUGUAGAUUAGUCAACAGUGCAAUAGUGGAAGACUAUGACAAUUAUUCCACUGAGACAAUUAAAAUGAUUAUCCCACUGAUGUCAAAGUGAUUCAUGAAAAUUUAAGGGAUUGUUCACACUCGCAACCAUACUUUAUCCGAUAACUUUUUUUACCCAUGGAGUAUUAAUGGGCGAUUUCAAACUUAGAAGUUAAAGACAUGACUGUAACUUGUAUUUGAAAUAAAACAGGUCCGGUGGUGACAAAUGUAAAGCAAAUAA